CUGCGGUCGUUCACGCUCGAGGCGCCGUACAUUGACGAGGGGUUCCAAAUCCGCAACUACGACUUUGGCGGCGACGCGAUAGUCAACAGCAUGGGCAACAUCCGGCUGACGCCUGACCUUUCCUCGCGGCAGGGCUGGCUGUGGAGCACGACGACGCUUCCCAACGACUACUGGAAGGUGGAGUUUGAUUUCAAGAUUGGCGGCAAGGGCGGCUACCUGUAUGGCGACGGCAUGGGGUUCUUUGUGACGAAGGACCGGGCGACAGCAGGCCCGGUGUUUGGCAACAAGGACUACUUCAACGGGCUUGGCGUGUUCUUCGACACGUACCCGAACGGCAAGCACGAUUUCUCGGUACCGUUCAUCAUGGGGAUGAUUGGAGACGGCAAGACGGCGUACGAUAACGCACAUGACGGCGACGCGAACCGCAAGGGCAUGUGCGAGGCGUACUUCCGCAACCUCAAGGAUUCAUCCAAGGCUCAGGUGACGUACCUGAAGGGCCAGUUCCUGAACGUGCAGAUCCAGCUGCAGCCGCACGACAAGUGGAUCAACUGCUUCACGAUCUCGGGUGUGACGCUGCCGGAGGACUCGUAUCUGGGAUUCUCGGCGCUGACCGGCGAUAUCAGCGACAACCACGAUCUGAUCUCGGUGCGCGCCGAGACCCUGCGU